AUGUGUCGAUUAAUAAUCAAACAACAUUUAAAAAAUGAUUUAUAUAAACGUUUUGAUAAAAAAAGAAGAUUUUUUUUCAAUGAAUUUAAUUAUUUGGAAACAAUUCGUGAUAUAAAUCGUCAAUAUGAUGAAAUUGUUUUAACAAAUUAUGAUCUUGUGGAACGUUUAAAUGAAUGUGAAUAUUCAUUUAAUACUCAAUAUGAUUUAAUAGAAAAUGUUAAUAAAAUAAAUCGAAAAGAAAAUUCAUCUCGAUCAUGUAAAUCACGUUUUGAUUUAUUAUUAAAAUUAUUUUAUUAUUCUAUUGAAAAUAUCUUAACUAUUGGAAAAAAACAGAUUAAUUUCAAAUGA